CUGGGCUCGCUGCGCUGCGCUCCAGUCUGGUAAGAAGCUUCAUCUCCAAAUAGGAUGACCGUCGGCUUUUGUGGAAGGGACUGCAUUCAGCUCCGUUGCUACUAGUUCUGGGACACCCGGUUGCUUCCGUCCGUUCAGUUUACCUGAGGGGAGUUUAAAAGCAGAAUCGUCGUUUUUUCUGUCUCUAGUGUGGAUUUCCGAUGGAUAUUCCGAUUUGAAGAGGUGUGAUUUCGAGCGCGGCAUGUAACAAAAAGAAGCGCAAGAGAAAAGUAGCGCUCGUAUUGUUGUUUUGAAACGGGCGCCGUCUGAACUGCUUUGAGAACCAUAUCUCAUGGAUUACUAAUAGACACAGCCGUAUAACAACUCCGAGGCAUAUCCAUUCAUGAGCUGAAGGCUGAGGUAAAUCUGUAGCAGAGGACCAGCAGCAGCAGCAGCAGCGUUGGUGCGACCAUGAGGUCAGAGGCCUUGUUACUCUACUUCACGCUACUGCACAUAGCCGGGGCGGGCUUCCCCGAAGACAGUGAGCCUAUUAGUAUCUCACACGGCAACUACACAAAGCAGUAUCCGGCGUUUGUAGGCCACAAACCUGGCAGGAACAACACACAACGGCACAAACUGGACAUCCAGCUCAUCAUGAUCAUGAACAGGACUUUAUACAUUGCUGCCAGGGAUCACAUAUACACGGUGGACACAGAGACUGCCAACAGUGACGAGAUCUUUUUCAGUAAGAAAAUGACAUGGAAGUCUAGACAAGCAGACGUGGACACCUGCAGAAUGAAAGGGAAGCAUAAGGAUGAGUGUCACAAUUUCAUCAAAGUGCUCCUGCAGCAAAAUGAUGACACCUUGUUUGUUUGUGGAACAAAUGCUUUCAACCCAUCAUGCCGAACCUACAAGCUGGACACCCUGGAGGCUAUGGGAGAGGAGAUCAGUGGAAUGGCACGCUGCCCAUAUGACGCCAAGCACGCCAAUGUUGCCCUCUUUGCUGAUGGCAAGCUGUACUCAGCCACCGUAACAGACUUUCUAGCGAUCGAUGCGGUCAUCUAUCGUAGCCUAGGAGACAGCCCAACUCUGCGCACUGUCAAACACGACUCCAAAUGGCUGAAAGAGCCAUACUUUGUCCAGGCAGUCAAUUACGGAGACUUCAUCUACUUCUUCUUUCGGGAAAUUGCUAUGGAAUACAACACAAUGGGAAAGGUGGUGUUUCCUCGGGUGGCCAGGGUUUGUAAGAACGACCGGGGUGGCUCGCCUCGUGUCCUGGAGAAGCAGUGGACCUCAUUUCUCAAGUCUCGGCUGAACUGCUCCAUCCCCGGUGACUCCCACUUCUACUUCAACAUCCUGCAGGCUGUGACAGAUGUCAUUCACAUUAACGGGAGGGAUGUAGUGAUGGCAACUUUCUCCACACCUUACAACAGUAUCCCAGGCUCAGCAGUGUGUGCCUAUGACAUGGCGGAGGUGGCCAACACAUUCACAGGGCGUUUCAAGGAGCAGAAAUCCCCUGACUCCACCUGGACGCCUUUUCCUGAAGACAAGGUUCCCAAGCCAAGGCCUGGCAACUGUGCUGGCACUCCAUCCAUGGAGAGGUACAAGGUGUCCAAUGAGUUCCCCGAUGACACACUCAACUUCAUCAAGAUGCAUCCUCUGAUGGACGAGGCCGUACCCUCUAUUGCUAACAGGCCCUGGUUCCUCAAGACUAUGGUCCGGUAUCGUCUGACACGCAUCAUGGUGGACAAUGAGGCAGGCCCCAAUAAGAACCACACAGUUGUCUUCCUGGGAUCGGAGAAAGGCAUCAUCCUCAAGUUCCUCGCCAAGAUGGACAAUGGCUUCCUCAAUGAUAGCCUGUUUCUGGAGGAGGUUAAUGUCUACAACCCUGACAAAUGCAGUAUAGAUGGUGUGGAUGACAAGCGCAUCGUCGGCAUGCAGAUAGACAGCAAGAGUCACGCUCUGUGGGUCGCUUUCACCUCUUGUGUGGUUAAAGUGCCGCUGUCUCGCUGUGAAAGGCACGGAAGAUGCAAGAAAUCCUGUAUAGCCUCCAGAGACCCGUAUUGUGGCUGGGUGUCAGAAGGAGCCUGCAAACAGGUGGUUGGCAACACCAAAUCAGCCUUUGAGCAGGACGUGGAGCAUGGUAACACAGAUGGCCUGGGAGACUGCCAAAAUACCUUUGUGGCACUCAAUGGCCACCAUCACCACCACCAUCACCACACCCUCUCACUCCCCACCUCGGCCCUACCCGAGGCUGCCGAGGGCCCCCUGGGGCGGGGCCGCAUGGUGGAGCGGAAGGACCCCCCCAUGAGCUCAGACAAAGGGGAGGACCCCUACAUGGCCGUGCCCUCUCAGACUCAGCCAGAACCCAAUGGUGUGAUCCGUGAGAGCUACCAGAAGGGUCGUGACCAGCUAGUACCUGUGACCCUGUUGGCCAUCGCAGUCAUCCUAGCGUUUGCCAUGGGGGCCAUCUUCUCUGGCAUCAUUGUCUACUGUGUCUGUGACCACCGACGGCGAGACAUAGACCUGACAGGCCGCAAGGAAAAGGACAGCCACCACCUCCACUCCCGCAGGGGAUCCAUGAACAGUGUGACCAAGCUGACGGGCCUGUUUGAAACACAGGCCAAAGAUGGUCGCCCUGAGGCAAUCCUCACUCCUUUGAUGCACAACGGGAGACUGACACCAAAUGGGAAGAUGCUGAUCAAAGCGGACCAGCACCACCUGGACCUUGCUGCUCUGCCAACUCCUGAGUCCACCCCCAUGCAACCGCGUCGAAAGCCCAGCCGAGGCAGCCGGGAGUGGGAGAGGAACCAGAACCUCAUCAAUGCUUGCACCAAGGACAUGCCACCUAUGGGCUCUCCUGUUAUCUCUACUGACCUGCCCCUGAGGGCCUCACCGGGCCACAUCCCCAGUGUAGUAGUCCUGCCUCUGCCACAGCAUCAGCACCAGCUCCAGCCUCAUCUACAGCAGCACCAGCAGUCUUAUCAGCAUGAGUAUGUGGAACAGCCCCACCACAGUGACCUAAGCAUGGUCCACAGUGUCAUGGACGACCAAGGGGCAACCCUGGAGUACAAGACAGUGAAGAGCCCUUGUCACAACCUCAACAUGGUGGAUCCAGAUGGGGUGCUGCCACCUCGUGUACCCCAGCGAGAGGCCUCCCUCACCGUCCCUCCUGCUGUCCCACAGAUGGGCAAACGUCUGGAGGUCCAUUCAUCAGUCUACGGGCUUCGGAAAGGAUCAGGGUCCUCCGCUUCUGGAUCGUCUGCCCUCAAGAAGCACAACACCAACUCAUCUAACUCCUCCCAUUUGGCGAGACAUCACAGCUUCAACCGUGUGGAGACUCCACCCCCUGCACCCCAGAGGGUAGACUCCAUACAAAUGACAGCACAGGGCAUAUCUCUGUCACGGCAGCCUGGAAUGAGCUCCUAUGAUUCAUUGCCUCGAACGGGCAUCAAAUAUCUCAAGCCUGAUGUCCCUCCCAAACCCUCCGUAGUCUCACUCUCAACAAAAGUCAAGUCCAGUGACUCCUGCACAUAGUCAUCUAGUUAUCUAGUCAGUCCAAUGUGAACGGACAGUAGUGAAAGGAUUUUUUCUGAAAUAGAGAAAAAAACAGGGAAUACUGUACAACUUGCAUCUCC